AUGCAUAAUCUUUUAAAAAAUACAUUAAACUUUGACAACUUUAAAAGUAUUAAACUUGAUUUAAUUAACAAGAUAAAUGCUUUUGAUAACAUUGAUUCUCAUGAAGAAAAUGAAGUGUUUAAUUUUUUAAAAGAUAAAAAAUUCAUUUCUGAUGGGUUAUAUUGUAGUAUUCCCGAAGACAAUGAAAAUACAUUUUCAGUUAAAAAAGAAUUAGGAUAUAUUAAUAAUUUAAAACUUUACUUUAACUCCAUCAAAAAUUUUGGCAUUAAUGAAGUAAAAAAGCUAGAUAAAAAUAGAGGAGAAAAUAGGAUUGUUCAUAAAAGAAUUGUGAAUUAUUCUUCAUUUUUUAAAAAUAGGAAUAAUGAUAUUGAUAGAAAACAUGAUAUAAAAAAUGCUGUAUUACUUAAAAACACUUUUUUCCAAAAAAGGAGAAAUGAACAAGGAUCAACAAAUAAUACGUUCUGUAAAACAUUAUAUAAAAAUAUAGAAAAAAAUGGAAUUAAAAAAAAUAAAAAUUUCCAAAAGUUUAUGUUAAAAUAUAAUUUUAAGAUACCUGAAAAUGACUCUAAAAAAAUACUGAGAAUAACCAAUAUGAGGAAAAUAAAUCGUAAAGUACACAUUUAUCGUUAUUACUAUAAAAAAUAUAUUCUUGAAAAAAAGAAUUUUAGAGCUCUAGAAAUGCAUUUAAAAAAAAAAAUUCCAUAUAUAUCUUUUAUUAAAAAAAAAUUGACUGGAGAUAGAAAAUCAUUUAAAAAAAAGGGGAAUUAUAAUAAAAGUAAUGAUAUUCCUUUAGAAAAAAAAAAUUAUUAUUUAAAAUCAUCUUUAUACAAAAAGGAAUAUAACAGAGACUCACUGAAGGAGUUCAAACAAAAUAUCUCAAACUAUGAUAAAAUAUGUAGCUAUGAAAGAGUUAAAAUUUUAUGUGAAAGGGAUUAUAUAAAAAAUUUAAAAGUUCCAAUACUUAGUAAUAACGAAAAUAAAGAUGGAAUUAUUAAAUGGAAAAAAAAAAAUAUUAAAGGUAAUGAAUUAAAAAAGAACAAUCAUUACUUUCAAAUUCCAAAAUUCGAUAGUAAAAGUAAAACUUCUUCAAGUUUGAAAAAUAUAAACUUAAGUAUUUUUAGGAGAAUGAGCACAAAUAAUCAACAUAAGAGUAAAAAAGAAGUUAAAAUAAAUAAAGAUUUACAUUACGAUUUUCACAGUAAUAAUAUUAAUUUUUAUGAUACACUGAUUAAAAAGGAAAAGUACAAAGAGGAAAAUAAAAAUAAGGAUGAAUAUUUUUUUUAUAAAAAUGUAAUUCAAAAUAAUGAAAUGAAAGAAAUUAAAGAGAAAAUUCAAAAAACAUUAAUAAGUUUAAACAACAUUAAAAAAAAUAAUUAUAAAUUAAAAUUUUGUCUUGAAAAAGAAAUUAUAGACAAUACAAUUCAUCACAAUGAAUUAAAAAAGAGUAUAUGCUCCCUUUUUAGUGAAAAUAUUCUACAGAGAAAAAAUGUUGAACUAGAUAAAAGUAGUGAAAACAAAAACAUUGAAGUGAACGAAAGUAAUAGGAAAAUGUAUAAUAAAGGUUAUAUAAAAGUUAUUAAACAUAAUGGUGAAAAUGGAGAUGAUGAUAAUUUGUGUAACGAGAAUUUGAGUAAAAAUUUACAGAAAAAUUUGACGUUACAUAAAAAAAAAAAAUUAAGUAUUUUUUUAGAUAAAAUGACUCAGGUUAAAAAGAAAAAAAUUCACGAAAAUUUUUGUGAUUUUUAUAAUAAUUGUAAUGACAAGAAAAACGAAGGGGCAUUAUUUAGUGACAACAAAAAAAAUACACAGCUUAUAAAUAAUGAUAUAGUAAAAAAUACUUUUAAAAGUAUCACAAAGUUAGUAAAUAAUUCAGAAGAGAAAAGGGAUACUUUAAAGGAAUUUAACAAUAAUGAGUUUUCUGGGAUAAAACAUAUAAGUAUAAAAAAGGAAGAAAGUAACAAAAAUGUUAAUAUAUAUAAAAAAACUUUGGAUAGUUUAGAAGAGUACCUCCCAUAUAUAAAUUUUUUAAAAUUACAUAAUAAGAAAGAAGAAAAUAACCAUAUUCUUAUAGGAAAUCGGGAUUAUGAAAAGCCAGUAAAUUGCAAAAUUAGUAGUGAGGUCAUAGAACGUAAUGGCAAUACUAAAUUUUAUGCAUUAGAACAAAAUGAGCAUAUAAAUUUUUCUGAACAAGAAAAAAAAAAAAAAAUAAAUACAAAUUUUAAUAAGGAAGUAAGCAUAUUAAAUACUAAAAAAUUAAGGAAAAAAAAUUAUAGUUGUAAAAAUUUAAAAGAUGAGAAAAUUAACAUUAAUAUUAUGAAAAAGGUAAAUAAUUACAACUUCAUUACUCAAGAAAAGAGUAAUACUUUAAAAAUUUCUCAAAAAGAAGAUUCUUAUAGAAAUAAUGAAACAUUAAAUAGAAAUUUUUUAAAAAAAUUAAAAAGCAAUAUUAAAAAGGAAAUAAAAAAUAAUGAAAAAUAUUCUGAAAAAAUAGGAAUAAAAGAAAAUUACAAAAAAAGCGAAUGUCUCAAUGAUAAUGGAAUCACAUAUAACAUUGAUGAAAAAGAACUGAAUGAACAAAUAGGGGGAAAUAUCCAUAAGAAAAAAAAAAUAUAUAGAAAGGAAUAUUUGGGUUAUGAAGAUAAACAAAAUGAAUUAUUAAAUAAUCAAAAAGAUAAAGUAGAUAAUAGCAAUGUAAAUAAAACAUUUAAUGCAAAUAUUUUAAAUGACAUUUUUGUUGAUGAUAAAAAAGUAAAUAAUGGAGUUAGUUCAAAUUUUUUUGUGAAAAACUCCAUUAAUUUGCAACAAUUUGUUUUAAAUAAAACAAAAAAAGAAAAGAAAGAUUUUGUUUUAGAAGAUGUUAGAAAUAUUAAAAGGAUAAUAAAUUCUGAAAUAUAUAUAAAUGAGAAAUUUGAAAGAAUACAUAAAAGAAAUAAAAAUGCUAUAAAUAUAAUUGAGAGUUAUUUAGAUAAAAGAAAAAAUAGAUAUUUUGAUUUUCCAAAAGAAAAAGAUGAUAUAUACCUACAAAAAAAUAAUAUUAUUGAAAAUUUAAAUGAAAAAAAAAAUUUUAAAUUUUUGCCAGGUUUACAUGAACACUAUGCAUUUUUGUUGCUUAACUUUAGAAAUUAA